GAGGGAGAGCGUGAGCGCGCGCAAGCCAGCAAGCAAACCAGAGAGACAGAGGAGAGAGGGACCAGGAUAGAGACCCAGAGAAAGAGAAGAGGAAGCAGAGCUCUGUGAGGGCUCAACCUCCAACUUGUUUCAGUUAAUUCAUCCUUUUCUUCUGUCCACUUCAGGGAAGUGACUGUGGCGCUUGGACUCUCUAUGUUGAUGCCUAAAAAGAUGAUAAUCACACAGAUGAGGCACUUCUACCUGACCAGUCUUGGUCUUCUCUUCCUGAUUAAUAUUCUCCCUGGAACGGAUGGCCAAGGGGAAUCAAGACGACAGGAACCUGGGGAAUUUGUGAAGCAGGAUAUUGGCGGACUCUCUCCCAAGCAUGCCCCAGAUAUUCCUGAUGACAGCACUGACAACAUCACUAUCUUCACCAGAAUCUUAGAUCGUCUUCUGGAUGGCUACGACAACCGGCUGCGACCUGGGCUUGGAGAUGCAGUGACUGAAGUGAAGACUGAUAUCUAUGUGACCAGUUUUGGCCCUGUGUCAGACACUGACAUGGAAUACACCAUUGAUGUAUUUUUUCGACAGACAUGGCAUGAUGAAAGAUUGAAAUUUGAUGGACCCAUGAAGAUCCUUCCACUGAACAAUCUUUUGGCUAGUAAGAUAUGGACCCCUGACACCUUCUUUCACAAUGGCAAGAAAUCGGUGGCCCAUAACAUGACCACACCUAACAAGUUACUCAGACUGGUGGACAAUGGAACCCUCCUUUACACAAUGAGGUUAACAAUUCAUGCCGAGUGUCCCAUGCAUUUGGAAGAUUUUCCCAUGGAUGUGCAUGCCUGCCCACUAAAGUUUGGAAGCUAUGCAUAUACAACAGCUGAAGUGGUUUAUUCCUGGACUCUUGGAAAGAACAAAUCUGUGGAAGUAGCACAGGAUGGCUCUCGCCUAAAUCAGUAUGACUUGCUGGGCCAUGUUGUUGGAACAGAGAUCAUCCGCUCUAGUACAGGAGAAUAUGUCGUCAUGACAACCCACUUUCAUCUCAAGCGAAAAAUUGGCUACUUUGUGAUCCAGACCUACUUGCCAUGUAUCAUGACUGUCAUUCUGUCGCAAGUGUCUUUCUGGCUCAACAGAGAGUCUGUUCCUGCCCGCACGGUCUUUGGUGUCACCACUGUUCUCACCAUGACCACCUUGAGUAUCAGUGCCAGAAACUCCUUACCUAAAGUGGCAUAUGCGACGGCCAUGGAUUGGUUCAUAGCCGUCUGUUAUGCCUUUGUAUUUUCUGCGCUGAUUGAAUUUGCCACUGUCAACUACUUCACCAAGCGGAGUUGGGCUUGGGAAGGCAAGAAGGUGCCAGAAUCCCUGGAGAUGAAAAAGAAAACACCAGCAGCCCCAACAAAGAAAGCCAGCACCACCUUCAACAUCGUGGGGACCACCUAUCCCAUCAACCUGGCUAAGGACACUGAGUUCUCUACCAUCUCCAAGGGCGCUGCUUCCAGUGCUUCCUCAACCCCGACAAUCAUUGCUUCACCCAAGACCACCUAUGUGCAGGACAUCCCAGCUGAGACCAAGACCUACAACAGUGUCAGCAAGGUUGACAAAAUCUCCCGCAUCAUCUUUCCUGUGCUCUUUGCCAUUUUCAAUCUGGUCUAUUGGGCCACAUAUGUCAACCGGGAGUCAGCUAUCAAGGGCAUGAUCCGCAAACAGUAGAUAGUGGCAGUGCAGCAACCAGAGCACAGUAUACCCUAAGACUGUGCAUCUAUGCACCCAAACCCCAGGGCUUCCCUUCAUGUGUUUGAAGAUACUUCUUUUUAACCCUCUACCAAGCUGUGACUCUCAAUUCAUAUUUAUAAAUAUCAAUGAAAAAAAAAAGAACAGAAAAAUUUCUUGUCCCUUUAACAUUGCUGAAUGUACUCUCAUCAGAACCAAACACUGCCAUUUGUCCAGGAGCUCAUCUUAGUCUGCCAGUCGCCCCAGCUGAAGGCACUGCAUGUAUUUCAUUGCACUUUGCCCACCACAAAACAGAGACUUUAUUACCUGUAGUGGGAGUCCUGGCUGUUUGAAAGGUCCAGACCAAGAAGGAUUGUUGAUUGGUCCAGAUCAGCUGAUUCUGACUCAGUAGGGAGCCAGGCAGGUCUGUCCUAUGGGGUCCUGCUUACCACUUUCCCUGCUAGGCAUAAGUACUAAUAGCAAAGGCAGGUGUGAGUGCUUUCCUCUGAACAUGGCCCCCAGCCUCUUUAUUGGCUUAGAGGUUAGUGGGGACAAUUGUGGCUCACCACUGUCUACCAUGUAUGGCCAAAACCAAUAGAACAAACUAGGCCAGCCUGACACCAAUGUGGCUGGUGCCCUGCCAUGUGUAGGCCCUCAGGAAACUAGUAUCUUUUUUGGGGGUAUAUCUCUCCUCCAGGAAAGCCCUCUUCACUCAAGCCUUCAACCCUAUAUCCAGCUGGACACUGCUUAGUUUGGACUCAUUGCUGCCUGAAAACUCUUUAGGAAAAGGAACAAGUAUUUUUAAAAUUUAUACUAAAAAGGUGCAAAUGGGAACAAAAAAGAUGUAGAUCAAAUGCUUAUACAAAUAAUUUUUUAAGAUUAGAGAGAUAAGAAAAGUCACUUCCCUGCCAAGGCAACUAGUCAAGUACUGGAUGGAACAAGAGAUUUGGGCUGAGUGGUAGUUGACACUUGAAGAUUUGCUUAAAAGGUAAGAGGUAAUGGUAGAUGAAAAUCAAAUUCUUCCUUCCAUACCUUCCACAUUCCACAUCUUAGCCUAGGCCCAAGAACUUUGCUCCCAGUAAGUCAGGGAACUCUGGUCCUCUGUUAAUGCUGAUUUCAAGGUAGGGGGGGUGCUGUGAAUCACAAUCUAGUCAACUUUUGAGUCAACUAAAUCAUUAAGUUUAUUGCCAGUUUGAUAAUAUAUUAUUUAAGGGACAUUUGAUUUCAUUUGUUCUUAAUGUGAGUAAAAGACAGUUAUAAUUAUAAAAUUUUUAUAAGGUAGAUAAACUAAAUAUUUGACAUUUGAGUGACUUGCCUAGGCUCCUUACAAAGGUAUGUAAUAUGGAAUCAUCAUGUGCCUUUUUCUGAAGGCCAAAAUGAAGACAAGAUUGAGAAGGCAAGUACACGUUAACCUCAGAAUCAGCACAAUCUUAACAGGACUGAUGGGUCCUGAAUGUGGUUUGCUUGGACACCAAAAAUAUUUUUAGAAAGUCAAAAUGUGUUACCCAAGAAGACCAAUUCUAAUAGUCAUGGCUCAAGGAAAUGAGAUUAAGAUGGCAGUCCCAGUCACUCAUCCAGAGUAUCCUAGAAGUCCAAAGUAAAGUCACAGAUGGUACCAAAAACAGAUUUCCCAUGUCUACCCCUGAACAAAGCUCUUAAGGAGUCUAUCAUUAGCUGCUGGUUGCCUUUUCACCUAUCCUUUCCCCGUUACCUGCUUCCUUGCCAUUGCUGGGAUAAUGCAUGCCAGUCCCAUUAUUCCUAAGACUGUGU